ACACGACCAGAACCCGAGCAGAACCCGAGCAGCAACCAGCGAGCAGCGACCCGAGCCGUCGGUUCCGUUCGGGUCUGUUCUGGAAGGGGGUGCAGUGACAGACAGCAGACAUGGACACCACCACCUCCAUCAAGAUGACCACUCUGGCCAUCCAGAACCUGUUCAGCUACGUGGAGGAGGAGAACCUGUCGGCUCUGAAGGCUCACCUGGACCGCUUCAAGGAGGUGGACGGACGCAGCGACAACGGUCAGACUCCUCUGAUGCUGGCGGCGGAGCAGGGCAGUCUGGAGAUCGUCCAGGAGCUCCUCAGGAGGGGAGCCAACGUCAACCUGGACGACGUGGACUGCUGGUCGGCUCUGAUCUCUGCAGCUAAAGAAGGUCACGUGGACGUGGUGAAGGAGCUGCUGGAGAACAGCGCCUACAUCGAGCACAGAGACAUGGGCGGCUGGACAGCUCUGACGUGGGCGUCUUACAAAGGUCGCGUGGAGGUCACCGAGCUGCUGCUGGAGAACGGAGCCAACCCCAACACCACCGGACAGCAGUACAGUGUGUAUCCGAUCAUCUGGGCAGCAGGAAGAGGACACGCUGACAUCGUCAAAGUUCUUCUUCGUGAAGGAGCCAAAGUCAACUGUUCAGACAAGUAUGGGACCACUCCUCUGAUCUGGGCGUCCAGGAAAGGACACUUUGACUGUGUGAUGCAUCUUCUGGAGAACGGAGCGGACGUGGACCAGGAGGGAGCGAACUCGAUGACGGCGCUCAUCGUGGCGGUGAAGGGCGGCUACACUGAGGUGGUGAAGGAGCUUCUGAAGAGGAACCCCAACGUCAACAUGACGGACAAAGACGGGAACACGGCGCUGAUGAUCGCCGCCAAGGAGGGCUACACCGAGAUCGUCCAGGACCUGCUGGACGCCGGGACCUACGUCAACAUCCCAGACCGGAGCGGGGACACGGUGCUGAUCGGAGCAGCGGGGGGUCAUGUGGAGAUCGUCAGAGCUCUGCUGCACAAAUACGCCGACAUCGACAUCAGAGGACAAGAGAAUAAAACAGCUCUGUACUGGGCCGUGGAGAAAGGGAACGCCACCAUGGUGAGAGACAUCCUGCAGUGUAACCCCGACACCGAGACCUGCACCAAGGACGGAGAGACUCCUCUGAUCAAAGCCACCAAGAUGAGGAACAUUGAGAUCGUGGAGCUGCUGCUGGAUAAAGGAGCCAAAGUGUCGGCUGUGGACAAGAGAGGAGACACGCCCCUCCACAUCGCCAUCCGUGGGCGGAGUCGCCGCCUGGCCGAGCUCCUCCUGAGGAACCCCAAAGAUGGCCGCCUGCUGUACCGACCCAACAAGGGCGGAGAGACGCCCUACAACAUCGACUGCAGCCACCAGAAGAGCAUCCUCACGCAGAUCUUUGGAGCUCGUCACCUGUCGCCCACGGAGACGGACGGAGACAUGUUGGGCUACGACCUGUACAGCUCUGCGCUGGCCGACAUCCUCAGUGAGCCCACCAUGCAGCCGCCCAUCUGUGUGGGACUGUACGCCCAGUGGGGGAGCGGGAAGUCCUUCCUGCUGAAGAAGCUGGAGGAUGAGAUGAAGACGUUUGCCGGGCAGCAGAUCGAGCCGUUGUUCCGGUUCUCCUGGCUCGUGGUGGUUCUGUCUCUGCUGCUCUGCGGUUCCGCGGCCGUCGUCCUCGGGUUCACCGGACCCCGACUCUCCAUGGCCGUCUCCCUCAGCCUGCUGGCUCUGCUCUACGUCUUCUUCGUGGUGGUGUACUUUGGCGGGCGGCGUGAGGGAGACAGCUGGACGUGGGCGUGGCUUCUCAGCACCCGUCUGGCGCGUCACAUCGGGUAUCUGGAGCUGCUGCUCCGCCUCAUGUUUGUGAACCCUCCGGAGCUGCCGGAGCAGAGCACCCGAGCUCUGCCUGUCAGGUUCCUGUUCACCGACUACAACCGGCUGUCGAGCGUCGGAGGAGAGACGUCGAUGGCCGAGAUGAUCGCCACGCUGUCAGACGCCUGUGAGAGAGAGUUCGGCUUCCUCGCCACGAGACUGUUCAGAGUGUUCAAGACCGAGGAGGCGCAAGGUAACAGGAAGUGGAAGAGGACGUGCUGCGUCCCGUCCUUCGUGGUCUUCGUGGUGGUUCUGCUCUGCCUGCUGACGGGCGCGGCGCUGCUGGCCGUGUUCCGUGUGGACGGGGAGAACCGGACAGUGAACGGCGUGCUGGUGGCCGUGGGCAGCGUGGUGGGUCUGGCUCUGCUGCUCAACUGCCGGACCUGGUGGCAGGUGACGGACUCGGUGCUGAACUCCCAGAGGAAGAGGCUCCACGGCGCCGCCAACAGGAUGCACAAGUUAAAGAGCGAGGGCUUCAUGAAGGUGCUGAAGACGGAGGUGGAGCUGAUGGCGAGGAUGGCGAAGACCAUCGACGGCUUCACGCAGCAUCAGACCAGACUGACUGUGGUCAUCGACGGACUGGACUCCUGUGAGCAGGACAAGGUUCUACAGAUGCUGGACACGGUCCGGGUCCUGUUCUCCAAAGGCCCGUUCAUCUCCAUCUUUGCCAGCGACCCUCACAUCAUCAUCAAGGCCAUCAACCAGAACCUGAACAGCGUCCUCAGAGACUCCAACAUCAACGGACACGACUACAUGAGGAACAUCGUGCACCUGCCCGUCUUCCUCAACAGCAGAGGACUCUCCAGCGCCAGGAAGAUGUGCGCCGCCGCGCCGGCCAACGGGGACGCCGCCAACACCGACGGUUGGCAUGAGGAGUUAGACAGGAAACUGUCUCAGCACAGUUUGGGAGAAUUAACCAAGUUUGGCAGCAAGACGACGCUGAACCGCAGAGACACGUACCGGCGGCGGCAGGUCCAGCGCUCGGUGACCCGUCAGAUGUCCUUCGACCUGACGAAGCUGAUGGUGACGGAGGAUUGGUUCAACGACAUCAGCCCCCAGACCAUGAGGAGGCUGCUCAACAUCGUCUCCGUCACAGGUCGCCUGCUGAGAGCCAAUCAGAUCAGCUUUAACUGGGACCGCCUGGCGUCCUGGAUCAACCUGACGGAGCAGUGGCCCUACAGGACCUCCUGGCUCAUCCUGUACCUGGAGGAGACCGACGGAGUCCCAGACCAGGCCACGCUCAAGACCAUCUACGAGAGAGUAUCAAAGAACGUCCCCACCACUAAAGACGUGGAGCCUCUUCUGGAGAUCGAUGGAGAUGCUCGUAGCUUCGAGGUCUUCUUGUCCUCACGGACUCCGGUCCUGACGUCCAGAGACAUCCGGACCUUCCUGCCCUGCACCGUGAACCUGGACCCCAAACUGAGGGAGAUCAUAGCAGAUGUUCGUGCUGCCCGGGAGCAGAUGAAUAUGGGCGGGGUCACAUACCCCCCCCUCCCCCUGCAGGAGCCCCAGCCCCGCCCCACCUCCAUGUACAGCCAGGUGUCGUCGGCGUGCUCUCCCUCCGCCUCCUUCAGCGGGCCGUUCGUGCCUCCGGCGGGGGGCGUGGUCUACAGCGGCAUGGCCGGACCGCAGCACCCGUUCUACAACAGGCCAUAUUUCCCCCAUCACGUUUACCAGCUGCCUCGCCCUCUCAUGGCCUCCACCUACCCAUCACACCUCCACCCUCGACCUCCACCCAAACAGUCCUUCAGCCGGGACGUCAGCGCUGGUCCGUCCUCCGUGGUGUCGGCGUCCCCGGCCCUCCUCCUCAGCUCCAUGACGACGGAGGCCAUGUGUGAGCGCGUGCGGCAGAUCGACGGCAUCGACCAGAGCAUGAUGGGACACUACAGCGCCACCAUCAGGAAGGCCAACGUCAACGGCAGAGUGCUGUCUCAGUGCAACAUCGACGAGCUGAAGAAGGAGAUGAGCAUGAACUUUGGAGACUGGCAGCUGUUCAGAGCCACGGUUCUGGACAUGCGUCACAUAGAGAGUCAGGUGCUGCACGAGGAAGCUGCCAGUGAGCAAGGCAGCGUCGUGGGCGGUCACACCGAGGCGGGACGGCGAGCGUCUGCUCCGCCCCACGCCGGAGCAGAUACGUCUCCGAUGUACAGCUUCAACCUGAGCUUUGAGGAGCUGAGCACGGUGGGACUGGACGAGGCUCCGAGACUCGGGAACACGCCGUGGAUGGGUGGCGCUCACCGCACCGCCAGCAUGACCAGCCUGAACUCCCAGGAGUCCUCCAACGACAUCGUCCGGCUGACGGACCGGCAGCAGGACGAGUACCGCAACGCCUACCAGGAGUACAUCGCCCAGAUGGCUCAGGUGGAGAUGGGCGGCGGCGGCGGCGGAGAGAGGCCCGUCCAACCGCAGCCGGGACAGUUCAUGACAUCAUCAUCAGAGGACAAGAGCAAAGACGGCGGCGAGCAAGACGGACGCAAGUCCUUCAACAAGAGGAGCGGCGGCAAACCGCCGGCAGAGAGCGCCGACUUCACCUCCAACGGCGACGGCCUGGACCCCAUCACGGAGGAGGACGAGAAGGGGGACCACGGGUCCUCCAAGUCCCUGCUGACCCGCAAGACCUCCGCAGAGAAAGGGGUGUUCCAGGGCGCCGCCGACCUGAAGCUGAAGGCCGGCGGCGGGCUGCGCUACCAGAAGCUGACCAGCGAUGACGAGGAGUCGGAGGAGUCAGACAACGCUCCUCUGCUGAAAGACGGAAGGAAGGCGGUCGACCACAAACCCCUCGGCGGCUCUCUGGCGCUGAAGGGGAAGGACUACCUGUCGGACGCCAUGUUGGACAAGAAGGACUCGUCGGACUCGGGCGUGCGGUCCAACGAGAGCUCGCCGAACCACUCGCUGCAGGACGAGGAGGCGGACCUGUCGCAGCUGGAGAGGGCCAACCUGAUCGAGCUGGACGAGGAGGGCGUGGCCAGGAAGAGGGGACUUCCCAGCAGCCUCAGCGGCCUCCAGGACCCGGCGGUCGCCCGCAUGUCCAUCUGCUCCGAGGACCAGUGCAGCCUGCUGGCCAGCAGCCCCGAGGAGAGCUGGACCUCCUCCAAGUCCUUCAACCUGAACCGCACGCCGAGCAACGUCACGCUCAACAACAACACCAACGCCCAGCAGGGCAACCGGCCCCGCCCCCCCGCAGAGGGCUCCACCUCCUCCAACCCCGCCUCCUCCUCCAGUGAUGUCAUCCUCUCCCCGAGCUCCUCCUCCUCCUCCACCACGGCCACCAGGCCGGGUCCCAACAACGAGAACGUCCGAGUGGUUCACCUGAAGAGGGGCCUGAAACCCGGAGACCCGCCGGAGAUCUGCACCGUGUCCUCCGACACCGUCACCUUCGGCGAGGAGCGGGAGAGCAUCCUGUGACCUCGUCGUGACCUCAUCGUGACCUCAUCGUGACCCGUGAACAGAGAGCACUGAGUGUCCACCAGGAGACGCCUCCAAACCCUCUGAACCAAUCAGGACCUUUAUAGACAACUCGUAAUAACAACGGUAUGAAGAGAAGAACUCUUAAAGUGACACGACACCAGGAUCAAUACGAGUUCCCCUUUAUACUCGCUAGCUAAUCACUAAGCUAAUCGCUCAUACAGCGGUUACGGCUAUUACUACCCCCCCCUCCAGCUGUUAGCAGCUGGUUAGCAGCACCGCCCUGCGUGGCUAAAUAACGGAGCUAAUAGCAACAGGUGGAAAAACCAACUCAAUCAGACCUUUUAAAUUGUAAUGAAUUCCCAUCAUGCAUCAGCAUGGAGUGUCUCUGUAGACAGUGCUGCUAACUGCAAGCUAACUGUUAGCUAACUGCUAAGGUACGGAGGUUCCAUUCUGGUACAUUACGGUGCGUUCAAGCUGUAAAACAGUAAAAAUGGGUAUUGGUGAAGGUAAAUCAUCAUGUGUUCAAAUGUAAUAUCGUAAAAUCCAGUAUUUUAAAGGAGAUGUUCUAAUAUUAAUAUAAAUAAUUAAUAUUAAUAUUAGAACUGAUACUCUGAGCUGCUGAGUCAUGAAAAGGUUUGACGAGCCGUUAAAACGUUGUUUGAUGUUUCUGAUCGUCAGAGGAGGAGGAGCGUCUGCUGGUGGACGAAGUUUAGUUUAGGAGAUCUGCACGUUGUUGUCGUCGUUGUUGUUGUCGUCGUUGUUGUCGUCGUCGCUGUUGUUGUCGUCGUUGUUGUCGU